AUGGAAUCAAUUUUGAAGAGAACCGCAAGAGCUGCACGAAAAAAAAAAGAUCAUGUAGGCGGCGAGAAGUCUGCGCCGACGACAGGGGGAGUGAAGAAGCCCCCACAGGUACCGCCGGGGACGGUGGCGCUUCGGGAGAUCCGGAAGUACCAAAAGAGCACGGGAGCUGCUGAUAAGAAGUUGCCGUUCCAGAGGCUUGUGCGGGAGAUAGCGCAGGACUUCAAGACCGACCUUAGGUUCCAGAGCCACGCCGUUUUGGCUCCAGAGGCCGCCGAGGCCUAUCUCGUCGGGCUGUUCGAGGACACCAACCUCUGCGCCAUCCACGCCAAGCGCGUCACCAUCAUGCCCAAGGACAUCCAGCUUGCCCGCCGCAUCGCGGCGGAGCGCGCCUAAGGCUGCUUCUUUCUUUUAGGUUUCUUAUUUAGUUUUUAGUUUUUUUUAUAUAAAUAAUUUUGAUAUACAUGGCUUUCCUGUAAUGAGAAGAUUGGAAAUUUAGACUAUGAAGGUGGUUAUUUAUUGUUCUGAA